AUGGGGAUCAUGUCGCGGCGGGUGCUGCCGGCGUGCAGCAGCCUCUGCUACUUCUGCCCCUCGCUGCGGGCGAGGUCACGGCAGCCCGUCAAGCGCUACAAGAAGAUCAUCUCGGAGAUCUACCAGCUGCCCGCGGAUGGAGAACCGAAUGACAGAAGGAUCGGGAAACUCUGCGAUUACGUCUCGAGAAAUCCAACCCGCAUACCAAAGAUCACAGAGUAUCUUGAGCAGAGAUGCUAUAAAGAACUGAGACAUGAUAAUUUCACCCUGGCCAAAGUUGUUCCAUGCAUAUAUAGGAAACUUCUGCGUUCAUGCAAGGAGCAUACACCAUUGCUGGCCACAAGCACAUUGUGUAUUGUUCGCACUCUUCUAGAUCAGAAAUCAAGUGAUGAUUUGCAGAUCCUGGGCUGUCUAUUGCUUGUUGACUUUCUCGAUGGACAGGUUGACAGCACGCAUAUGUUCAGUUUAGAAGGCAUGAUACCAAAACUAUGCAAAAUUGCUCAAGAACUAAGGGAAGAUGACAAAGGGAUCCGCCUUCGAUCUGCUGCACUCCAAGCUCUUGCUUCAAUGGUCGAAUACAUGGGUGACCACUCGCAUAUCUCAAUGGAACUUGAUGAAGUUGUCUCAGUGAUAAUAAGCUGUUAUGAGGCUAAUCAAACUCUCUCAAUAAAAGAGGUCGUCAGAUUUCAAGAUGAUGAUGAUUUGACAAUGUUGGCAGUAUCUGGGCAAAAUAAUGCCAAAGUGGCAGCUGAUACAAUCAGGGCUGCAUCUGAGAAUCCAGCACACUGGGCAAGGGUUUGCUUGCGUAACAUGGCCAAUAUUGCAAAGGAGGCAACAACAGUGCGGCGUAUUCUUGAUCCUCUGUUUCGCCUUUUCGAUAGCCACAAUUACUGGUCUCCUGAAAGUGGGGUUUCCCUUUCUGUUCUACAAGAAAUGCAAACACUGAUGGACAAAUCAGGGCAAAAUGGCCAUUUGCUGCUAUCUUUUACUAUAAAGCACAUUGAUCAUAAAAGUGUUGCCAAGAUGCCCGCCAAGCAAAUAAGCAUUGUAAAAGUUGCUUCUCAUCUUGCGAAGCAGGCAAAGUCGCAUGCAUCGGUAACAAUAGCGAGUGCAAUCAGCGAUUUAGUAAAACACUUGCGAAAAUGUAUGUACCGUGCUGUUGAAGCAUCAAAUGCUCAAGCUGAUAUUGACAAGUGGAACAGUGAACUUUAUGUGGCCUUGGAGGAGUGUCUGGUGCAAUUGACAGAGAAGGUUGGGGAUGUUGGUCCUAUUCUUGACAUGGUCAGUGUAAUGCUUGAGAAUCUCUCGUACACUGCCAACAUCGCCAGGACAACAAUGUCAUCUGUUUACCGCACAGCACAAAUAGCAGCUUAUGUGUACAAGUCAUCAUACAACCAGAAAGCAUUUCCAGAAGCUUUGUAUCACCAGCUUCUCUUAGCAAUGAUGCACCCAGACAAUAAGACAAGGAUUGGCUCACACCGUGUUUUAUCCACCAUUGUCGCGCCUUCGUUGUUAUGCCCAUGGUCAGCCAUAGGUUUUCCUGUCCCAAUGAAGGUCAAUGGGUCGCAGAGUGUGCUUUUGUUGGCAUUGUCAGCUUUCUCUUCUGAGACCAUAAUGGAUGAACUGCAGUCUAAAAGUAGGAUCAAGGAAUCCUUGCAGGAAAACGAGAAACCAGAAGCUGUGGUAAGUGCUGAGAAUGGAUAUGCACAUACAGAACCAAAUACAAGGCAGUCUUCAGGGAACCCAUAUUUCAACGAUCGUCUUUCCACUUUUAAAGAUAACUCAAAGUUAAUGAAGUUGAACAAUGGCCAACUUGUUCUUCUUCUUUCAUCUAUUUGGAGUCAAGCAUCCCUCGAAGAUAACUCACCUUCAAAUUUUGAGGCAAUGGGCCAUACUUACAAUGUUGCUUUAUUGUGUUCGAAAGCAAAAACCUCCAGUCAUGUGGCACUAGUUCGAUGUUUCCAGUUGGCCUUUUCUCUCAGGAGGUUGUCUCUGAACCAAGAUAAUGUUGUGCAACCAUCUCGGAGAAGGUGUUUGUAUACAAUGGCAUCAGCAAUGCUUAUUUUUUCAGCAAAAGUUGCUGAUAUUCCUCAGAUAACCCAUCUUGUCAAAGCCGCAGUGCCAGAGGAAAUGGUUGAUCCUCAUCUUUGCCUGAUUGAUGACUGCAGACUCACUGUUACUUCUGCACAAUCUUCGAACAGUGAAAUGCUUUACGGUUCUGAGGAAGAUGAAAGUGAUGCACAAGUUUUUCUUUCAGCUGUAAAUAAGGACGAUACACAGUUAAAAGACAAUGUGAUAUCCCACUUCAAGAGAAAAUUUGAAAAUUCACCAGAGAAGUUUGAUGGGAUAGAAGAACAGCUUCUUCAAGAGUUCUCCCUAGAUGAUUCAUUUCCUCUUGGUGCUCCACUAUUCAUGGAGACGCCACACUCUUGUUCAAUGUACGCUGAAAAGGACGAUCACUGUUUUGAUGAGGAUGUUAUUCCUUGUGAGAUGGAUGAUGACGAUGACAUCGUCUUUGAACAUAGUGGAUCGCAGUCUGACAGGAAAACAUCAGGAUCUAUGGCUUCAUCCGAUGUUCUAAACGUGAAUCAACUGAUGGAAUCCGUCCAUGAGACAGCAAGGCAAGUUGCUAACAUUCCAGUCUCCACCAAUCCUGUGUCCUAUGACCAAAUGAAGAGCCAAUGUGAAUCCCUAGUAAUGGAAAAGCAGCAGAAGAUGUCUGUUCUCAUGAGCUUCAAGCACUCAAGAACCGAUUCGCGUAGCUCAAUCGGGGAAAACGGACCGGAAACAAAUGAGUCAUCUGCUCAAUCUGAACCUGAGUCACAUUUGACAAGAAAGGACUACAUGCGGCGCAACGAUUCGACAUCCAGCGAUGACCGCUCCUUCAGGUUGCCACCUGCAAGCCCGUACGACAAGUUCUUGAAGGCAGCUGGACGGUAG